AUGUUUUGGGGCAUUGAUUGCACUCUCUGCGAACAAACCAAUGUCAAUUCGACAUCUGGGAAGAAGCAUACCGUUUACCUUGAAUUGGCUCAUCGAGAUCCACAAAGCCCUUGGAUGUUCAAAGAUAAACAAGAACUGGAAGGGAUCCUAGGACCGUGGGUUUGGUCACUGAAGUCUGAUCGAAUAAUAGAAACCGGAGACCCGGUGACUGGUCUCAAGAAGUCGACAGCUAUUGAUAUCCAGGCCCGACGGAUCGUUCCAAGUGAUCAAAAUAAGCGACUAGAUUUGAAGAUAUGGCUCGGUGAUGAUUUCAACAGUAUCACUUCCGUAGAUUACGCUCUACGCAGUGUAUCCGCUGACAUUGAAGACGCGAGUACUGUGUGGAAAAAGAAGGAGAAUAAAUAUCUGGUUCGUUUCGUUGGUGGGAAAGCUGCACAUUUUGCAAAUGUUCAAGACUCCACGGUAGUCAGCCUUCUGUUCGCUCCGAGCAAAUGUUCGCUUGUGUCACCAUGCGCCCAAGAAGUAUUUGCAUCACUCAUCACAAGUAUCCUUGAUAUUGUGGAUGACAUUGGGCCCAUUGAUGUCCAAGAAGCUGAACCUUUUCGUGUCGAGAAUAGCCCGGUGAUUGAGAUUGUUGGACUAUUAACGGAGAUGCAAUUAGGCUCAAGACAGGAAGCUCUACUUUGUGUUAUGCCUUUGAUGAUACCUCAGCUCAGGUUGACUCUAUGGUAUGCGGCAUAUAACGGAGAUGAAGCCGUUAUCAAUGAGAGCCUCGAGGCCGGAGAGGUCGGCCUGAAUGCGAAGAACAAUAUUGAAUGGACGCCGCUGUAUUGUGCGGCAUGGAACGGACAUGAAGCGAUUGUCACACAGCUCCUCCAGACUGAAGAGGUCGAGCCGGACGCGAAGGAUAUUGAUGGAAGGAGGCCGCUAUCGGGGGCGGCACAGAACAGAUAUAUCGCGAUUGUCACACUGCUCUUUGGGACCGACAAGGUCGACCCGCACGCGAAGGACAAAGAUGACCGGACGCCGCUAUCAUGGGCGGCACAGAACGGACGUAAAGACGUUGUCAUAGAGCUCCUCCGGAUUGAAAAGGUUGAGCCGGACGCGAUGGACAGAAGUGGACGGACGCCGCUAUCAUGCGCGGCACAGAACGGACACGAAGACGUUGUCACAAAGUUCCUUAGGACCGUAAAGGUCAACCCAUCAGGACAAAGAUGGACGUGCGCCGUUGUUGUAUGCGGUAAGGAACGGAUAUGA